GACCUCGCAAACCCGCGUUAUCUAUGCAACGGACUCCUUAUUUGGCACACAGUCCCGAUAGUGACUUUUGCGACUCCCUUUGCCUGUCAACCCGCUUCUUGUCUAUUAGCGCCUCGGCGUCCGAUGACGCGGGAGUGCAGACAGCAGAUGGAUUAUUCGUGAGCACAUCCACUGGGCGAAGCUCAGUUCCUGCGAUUUCGGUCCAGACAGAGCCUCUUCAUAAAGUUGCGGUUGACAAGACGUUUCAGCUGGACAAGAUAGGCACACUUGCAUCGAAGAUGCUACAGGAACUGGAGUUGCCCCAAGAUGCCUUCGAUAGCUUAGUCGCGCUAGGUGCAACAGAGCACAGGGGCGUGUCCUACAAAUACACGCUCAGUUGCGAGUCUGUUGAUUCGAGCCAACUGCAGUGUGUUGGCCUAUCCUGGAAUGCCACCGGCUCUAUGGUGUGUGCGGUGUUUGGCAGACCAGAUCUAUGUGGAUGGUGUGACGAUUUGGGGAUGCUCUGCUGCUGGUCUCUGUUUCGAACAGAUUUUUCGCCAGGCAAUCCAACUUACUCAGCGGAGCAUAACUGUUGCUUAACAGCAGUUGCAUGCCACCCAUCACAUCCCUCGGUUCUUGCAGCUGGUUCAUUCAACGGUGAGAUACUGAUAUAUGAUUUAGCGUCCAGCGGCGAUUUUCUUGAAGCAUGCUCGGAAGUGAGCGAGUAUACUCAUCGCGAACCCGUGACUGCGUUACAAUGGACUCGAAAUUUUGCGGUACCCACAAGCAGCAAGGACGCCUACUGGCUAGUUUCGCUGUCUGGCGAGGGAAGGAUUCUUUGGUGGUCAUUGAAGACAAUAGAACCAGCGAAUGCUGUAAUUAGUGGUCGAUUACCAUACCCGGUACGGGGAGCGACGAUACCUGCGCAAGCCCUUGGAAGCAAAACAAUCUCCCCUGCGGUAGGGGGCACGGCGAUGGCUAUGGACUUGACUGGUAUUUUGAUAGGAUCUGAGGGAGGCUUUGUGUCACGUUUCUCUUUGAAACCUAAAGCUAAGUUGCAUACAGCAGUGGCCAUUGACGAACAGCUCAGAUCGACAAUGCAAAAGAAUGCUCUCGUCUCUUCGGGAAGUUGUAGUGCUAGAGAUGAAGACCGCAUUUGUUUACUCAACGGACUCUAUGCCGCAGACUGGUCAAAAGUGCGUCCUCUAAUCUUUGCGAUUGCAGGUGACGGUGGCGUGGUGCGCGUCUAUGACCUUGGUGGGGCACAGGCGAUGGUACCAGUCGCCGAGCUUGAAAACCCCGCCGCCACCAAGAGCACCCGAACGCGCAUACAUUCAAUUCAGUUUAAUCACAGACAACGUGACUUUCUGGCCUGUGGCGAUGCAAACGGCAAUGUGCACGUAUGGCAGUUGUCAUGGGAGCUGUCAAACCUGGUAUCUCAUGAGAGUGAGGAGCUUAAAGCAUAUUUGCGCAUGGAUGUCCAAAUGGAAGGCGAGUAAGCAGCUGCCUGGCUCUUCAAACAGGCCAGAAGUUGCGCCCCCUGGUGACACUCCGCAGAGUAGUGGGUGUUGGAAUCCGAGUAUGCUAGUAUCCAGCACCAGCAUAGUAUAGCAUGAGCAUAGCCAGUGGAGUGAUCAACGUACAUCUAGGCCGGCCCAUAGGAAAUUAAUUAAUAAACAUCAAUCAUC